AUGUUAUACAAUAGAUGUAUUCUAUAUGGUGUACCAUUAGUUAACAGAUCAUUGAGGGUGAUCAAUCGAUCAUCAUAUAGUACUGAUACAUUGAAGUUGGUACAGAGACCUUUGGAUGGACUCAAGGUGUUGGACCUCAGUCGUGUACUUGCAGGACCUUGGUCCACCCAAAUACUUGGUGACCUUGGUGCUGAAGUCAUCAAAGUGGAGAGUAUCAAAGGUGAUGACACAAGACAAUGGGGACCUCCCUUUUACCAAGAUCCACAAGGUAAUGUUGGAAGUGCAUACUUUAGUUGUGCAAACAGGAAUAAGAAGUCAAUAGCCAUUGACUUUACAAAGAAGGAGGGACAAGAUAUAAUACAUAGAAUAGCAAAGGAGUCUGAUGUUGUAAUGGAGAACUAUAAGGUUGGUGGACUUACAAAGUAUAACUUGGACUAUCCUUCAUUAUCAAAGAUCAACCCUGGUAUAGUCUAUUGCUCAAUCACAGGCUUUGGACAGACUGGACCUAUGAAAGACUUGCCUGGUUAUGACUUUGCCACACAAGCCAUGGGAGGACUGAUGAGCAUCACUGGAUCAGAAAGAGAUCCAUACAAAUGUGGUGUGGCAAUCGUUGACAUUAUGACCGGUCUAUAUGCAAGCGUUGCCAUUCAAUCUGCACUGAUCAUGAAGGGUAGGACUGGCAAGGGUCAGCACAUUGACGUCAGUCUCUUGGAUGUCCAGUCCACAUUCCUGGCCAACAUUGCAUCGAGCUAUCUGUUGACGGGUAAGAACCCAUCGAGGAUUGGCAACUCACAUCCAAGCAUAUCACCAUAUGACUCUCUGCGAUCAUCUGAUGGAUUCUUUGUGGUGGCAGUUGGAAACGACGGACAAUUCAGAUCAAUGUGCAAUACAAUGGGACUCAAACAUAUUGCCACUGAUUCGCGAUACAUCAACAACAGUAGUCGUGUUGCCAAUAGACAAUCAUUGUUGGAGAUCAUCAACGAGGUCACUUCAACAAAGAAGACAUCAGAAUGGAUAGAAAUGCUGGGACAUGCCAAUGUGCCAUGUGCUCCCAUCAACAAUCUCUCGGAAGUGUUCUCACUUCCACAGAUACAACAUCGCAACAUGGUUUGGAAUCUAGAUUUGAGCAAUCAGCCCUCAUCAUCGAUCAAUCAAUCAUCUUCAUCACCAUCACCAAAGAGUGUGGAAUCAAUCAGAGUAGUUGGAAGUCCAAUGCACUUUAGUGAGAGUGACCUACAUCAUCCGGAUGUUAUACAUACUCCACCCCCAACACUUGGACAACAUACAGAGGACAUCCUAUGCCAACAUGGCUACACAAAGAGUGAAGUCAAUCAACUGAAACAAUCGAAUACAAUAGCAUAA